AAGAUCUCGUAGAACAGGCUCUGUGGAAAAUGUUUUCAUUGUUAGUGUCAUAUAUGGUUAUGUGGUAAGUUCAUUUACUUUAAGAUUCAGGGUGAAAAUGCGUUUGGUAGUGUUGCAGUUAAUUAUGCGGUAGAAUUCUGCGUCAAAUACGUAACUACCAAAGAAGUGAAGUAUUUUUGCGGACAUCAAAUACCACACUACCGGACACUAAUUCUCGUGUGUCUACAGUGGUAUUGAAACAAGAUACAAGGGUCAAUGGGUCAUGUGGCAGUGAUAGUGUUCCUUAGCCAGUGUUUGACUUCAGUUCAAGUGUUAACCGCUGUCAGGAUGCCUGCGCGUAUCAGUGCUUUCCUGAUAAUUUACCUUGGAGCUUUAGUAACAAACAUUAGUGCUUCUGGCAUCGAUGACUCAGAAGAAUCUCUGUCAUAUUUUGUUAAUAACAAAACCAAAACCGUAUUGAAGAGAUACAAAAAUGUUACAAAAGAUUCAAUCAAUUUGGAAGAUCUCAUCGUGAAAAAUUCAGCUUUGGGGAUGUUAAUGAAUAAAGCUGAAGGACUCCUUCAAAUGCGGUUAUUACUUUGGGCGGACGUUAUAGGGAAUAUAGCGUUGAUCGAGAAUCAGUUUUCAUGGUAUUUGGAGAAUCGGCAGAACGAUAGUAAUAUGCUGGUGGAGUACGCCGCGUGGCUGGUGUCCCACGACCACGGCGCUGUGGCCGCCUUGCUGGAGGAGAUGAAGAGACUCGUCUCACCGCUGUUCAAGAAACAAGGUCUGUUCAAUCUGGCGCUGGACUUCCUGGAGGAGGAUUCGGACGUGUGCGUCCUGCAGAUGUCCCCGCACCAGCUCAUCUACGACAUGUACAACACGAUCGCGCUCACAGAGAUCAAAGGAUACGCUAUGAUGCAGUUCUCUUGGAUGUUACUCAGGAUAUACGGAAGAGGGAACUUCACCCAGGAAGCUAGCCUGACCCGGCAGAGGUACGCCGAGAGGACAGGUCAGACCGCAACCGCUGCACGCGCUGCCCUCUCGCGGGCUAACAGAAAACUAUACCGAUGUGACCCGCAAGAGUACACAAAAGACACGUAUGCGGAGGUGACGAGGUUGCUGCAAGGCUACGUGGAGAACGAGGUGGACAUGAACAGCGACGGCACGUGCAAGGAGAACUGUGCGUUCUACACGCUAGCCGAGCGGCACGACUGCUACAAGGAGCAGUUCUGCGCCAAGCAGGCCGCCUGCAACGGCAGGAUCAUCGACUGCCAGUACAUCGACUCCGACAUGUGGGUGUGCCCCGCGAGCCCUAAGAGCCAGCGGCGUUAUGAAUGGAUUCAAUAUGAGAACGGACGUACGCUCGGUAAGGCUGACUCCAGCUGCCGGCAGGGGACAACCAAGGUCGACUCUUGGUGGAGAUGGACCCUUACUCACUGCUCGUAUUGCUUUUGUCUAUGCGAGGACAGUGAAAUCGAAUCUGAACGUUUCUUCAGCUUGAGAGAAGCGUUGGCAGACAUUGACAACAACAAGGUUGUAACUGGUAUGCGGUUAGUGAAGCUGGGCAAGGUGUUCCACCUGCAGGUGUAUGAGGGCGCGCUGGCGGAGCGCGGCUUCGUGGAGUCCUCCACAGAGGUGGCAGUCAAGGCAUUCGACCCCAUGCAUGUGGGAGUCACGCAGGGUGUGGACUACCACACGCUCACGUACGAGAGGCGAGCCAUCGACUUGGAUGAGCUGGACGCACCCGCCGGACAUGUACUCACCGGGGCCAGAUUCCGUAUGAUCGGUGCUCAUCUUCACUUCGAGAUUCGUGCUACUCCCUUCAACUACACGACCGGCAGGCUAGCUCCUGAGAAGAGCCAGUGGAUCAGCAACGACAACACUGAAGGAUCUCAUAUGCCAAGAACACGAGUUAAGUUGUACAAGCCUGACAUCCCGACGCGGAAGCAGACAACUCUGCACAUCAACUCGCAACACGACCAGUACAUAGAGUUCACGCACUCAGACUUCGACGCCGACGCGGCACAGAGCACCGUGCCAUUCAUUGAUAUACAGCCAGUAGUGCCAACCAAAGCUCUGAACACCAAAGGCGCGUCGCUACUGAGCGGCGCGGGCAUCUACCACCGAGGCGGGCGCGGCUCGGGCGGGUUCCUCGGCGUCAAGAUCCUGACCUACGACUACUCCAAGCACGUGAAGGCCGAGCCCCCGCCGUCAGAGUUCGUCGACGAGGCAGAAACAACGGAAUUUGUGCCCAUCAUCAAUUAGAAAUACAGUUCAAUUUUGUAUACUCAUUUUAUUUUGUAAUGUAGCGUAAUUGUGACUUUUGAUAAUACGUAUUUUUUAAGUCUUGAA